AUAAUUGGAAAAGGAAAGUUAAGACUUGUUGUCCGAUUAGUAAUGAUCACUUAUUACAGAAUAGUUGUUAAAAGCAAAUAAACUUCAACAGCGUUGGGAAAUCAGAUAAAGCGUGUUAUAGUAGAAAUGAGUUGCAUCAGCCGCUGGGAAAGGACCCCGUUUCUUUGAACGCUAUGUAUUACCCAAGUUACAAAUAGACAACACAUUUCUGCUAAACGUCUCCUAAUAGACUCAUCUAAAUUUACGUAGCAGUCCAAAGAGUAAAUCUUGUUCGGGUUUAUAACUUGUUUGAGGAAGGAACGACUCGCCUGAUCAGGCAUCCGCCGGGGCCGCUUCCCUCGUUCCCUUUUCAGUCAAGAUGGCGGGCGAUGAGUCUGGUUCAACGCUUGGUCAGCCUCACCUGUCCAAACAAGACCUCAGUACCCUGGACGUGUCCACCCUGACGCCUCUGUCCCCAGAGAUCAUCAGCAGACAGGCCACCAUUAAUAUCGGCACCAUUGGUCAUGUGGCCCACGGAAAGUCCACAGUAGUGAAGGCUAUUUCAGGAGUUCACACUGUCCGGUUCAAGAACGAGCUAGAGAGGAACAUCACUAUCAAGCUAGGAUAUGCCAACGCUAAGGUCUAUAAGCUGGAUGACCCCAGCUGUCCCAGGCCAGAGUGCUACAGGUCAUGUGGUAGCAGCACUCCUGAUGAGUUUCCCACAGACAUCUCUGGCACUAAAGGAAACUUUAAACUGGUUCGGCAUGUGUCAUUCGUAGACUGCCCUGGUCACGACAUUUUGAUGGCAACCAUGUUGAACGGAGCUGCAGUCAUGGACGCAGCACUCCUGUUGAUUGCGGGAAACGAGUCGUGUCCUCAGCCCCAGACGUCGGAGCAUCUAGCAGCCAUAGAAAUCAUGAAGCUGAAGCACAUCCUCAUUCUGCAGAACAAGAUUGACCUGGUGAAGGAAAGCCAGGCCAAAGAGCAGUAUGAGCAGAUCCUUGCCUUUGUACAGGGCACAGUAGCAGAGGGGGCUCCAAUCAUUCCCAUUUCAGCCCAGCUGAAGUACAACAUUGAGGUGGUUUGUGAGUACAUAGUCAACAAGAUCCCAGUGCCCAUGAGAGACUUCAUUUCUGAGCCCAGGCUCAUUGUCAUCAGAUCCUUUGAUGUGAACAAGCCUGGCUGUGAAGUUGAUGACCUGAAAGGAGGUGUUGCAGGAGGAAGUAUCUUAAAGGGUGUCCUCAAGGUGGGCCAGGAGAUUGAGGUGCGUCCAGGUAUUGUGUCCAAAGACCAGGAAGGAAAACUGAUGUGCAAGCCCAUCUUCUCUAAGAUUGUCUCACUUUUUGCGGAGCACAACGACCUACAGUACGCUGCACCUGGAGGCCUUAUCGGUGUGGGUACUAAGAUCGACCCGACACUGUGUCGCGCUGAUCGUAUGGUCGGUCAGGUGCUGGGUGCUGUUGGAGCUCUACCAGAGAUCUUCACUGAGCUGGAGAUCUCCUAUUUCCUGCUCAGGAGGCUGCUUGGAGUCCGCACAGAGGGAGACAAAAAGGCUGCCAAGGUCCAGAAACUCUCCAAGAACGAGGUCCUGAUGGUGAACAUAGGCUCCCUGUCGACAGGCGGUCGCGUCAGCGCUGUGAAGGCUGAUCUGGCCAAGAUCGUCCUCACCAACCCUGUCUGUACUGAGGUUGGAGAGAAGAUUGCUCUGAGUCGCCGUGUGGAGAAGCACUGGCGUCUGAUUGGUUGGGGACAGAUCAGGAGGGGCGUGACCAUCACACCCACAGUGGACGACGACUGAGGAGAACUGAACAUGACGUCUCCACAAAGCUCUCGGCAGCCAUCACACUCUUUUGGCUUUUACUUUUUUGUUGUGUUUAGUUUUUUUCACGAGGGGAAAGGAACAGAACGGGACAUGUUGAUGGUUUGAAGACGCCUCCUCUCUGCGCUGCUCUUCUUUUCUCUGCAGUGAAAUGAAAAUGUUUCUCCUGCGGAAGAGGAAGCUUGGACUGUCAUAAGAAUCCUCCACAGAAGGUUCACCUGCCUUCAGAGUGAACCCACAGGUUUAUUCAGUACAGAGAUGACCUGUGCUCUCUGCUGAUUCCAGUUGCAUCUAAUAAAAUACAUUUGGAAGAAA